AGCUGAUUUCAAAAUUAAAGACUUUUGUUCGCGUCCUGGCUGUGCGGAGUCGCCGGUCUUCGCUGCAGAGGGACUGCUUCUCCUCAUCGUGCCACAGCGAACCCUGCUGGCCAGGCAACCAGUGUGCUCAGAACGGACCCCUGCAGGGCCGGUCUUUGUUCUCCAGAGGUGUGGUGCUGGUUUGCUUCGAGGGGGACAGUGACGGCUACAUUCACCUGGUGGCGUAUCCCUACGUGGAGAGUGAGGGCCUGGACCACGAGGAAGUUCCAGAACGGGACCAGCCACGCAGGAAGCACUCGCGCCGCAGCCUGCACCGCUCCAGCAGCGACCACAAGGAGGAGCGCAGCGCACACGAGAGUGACAGCUUCGAGAGUCUGCAGGAUCUGAAGAGCCCACGCAUGGAACUGCAUGUCCAGUCGGACGUUCCUUUCCAGAUGCUGGAUGGGAACAGCGGGCUGAGCUCCGAGCAGAUCAGUUACAACCCCUGGAGCCUGCGCUGCCACAAGCAGCAGCUGAGCCGCAUGCGCUCAGAGUCCAAGGACAGGAAGCUCUACAAGUUCCUGCUGUUGGAAAACGUGGUGCACCACUUUGAAUACCCGUGCAUCCUGGACCUGAAGAUGGGCACGCGGCAGCACGGGGACGAUGCGUCCGAGGAGAAGGCAGCUCGGCAGAUGAAGAAAUGCGCGCAGAGCACCUCGGCAACGCUGGGGGUGCGUGUAUGUGGGAUGCAGGUUUACCAGGUAGACACAGGUCACUAUCUCUGCAGGAACAAGUACUAUGGCCGAGGGUUGUCCAAUGAAGGCUUCCAGCUGGCUCUGUACCAGUUCAUGCACAACGGCAGCCAGCUGCGCAAGGACCUCUUCCAGCCCAUCCUAAGCAAGCUGCGCAACCUGGUUGCAGUGCUGGAGAAGCAGGCCUCAUAUCGCUUCUACUCCAGCUCCUUGCUCAUCAUCUACGACGGCAAGCAACCAGGAGCCGAGCCUGGGCACAGACCAGCAGAACCAUCAGGACUGGACCCCAGCCUCCCCACAGAGAGCCCGGCCCAGCCCCCGUCAGACCCCACCCCACUGCAGCCACACUCUCAUACUACACCUGGCCAGUCUGCCCCUGCUCCGCUUCCGGCCCCACAACACUCUGCCUGCCCCCCUCCUAAAGUGGACGUCCGGAUGAUCGACUUCGCUCACAGCACGUUUAAAGGAUUCCGCGAUGACCAGACAGUCCACGACGGACCCGACCGGGGCUACGUUUUUGGACUGGAAAGCCUCAUUAGCAUUCUUGAAGACAUUCAAAAGGAAAACCAGUAGCUAGGAUGAACUCACCCACUUUAGAACCAAGAGGGUGGGGGUGAGGGGGGUGGGGCUAAACACACAAACGAACCCAUGUAGACUUGUGAUAGUAUGGGUAAUCCUCUGUGAAAAUCAGCUAGCCAGCUGGCCAAUGUUCAUUUUUACGGGUCAUGCUCAGCUUGAAUAGGGUUUGUUUGGCAGCAUGAACCUACAUUUACCAGCUCUGAUAACUCAACCCACAGAAGCGGCCUGGAUAGCAGUCAGCUACGUUUAAGAAAAGUGGACGUCUUUAUGCUGAGUGGGUACACAGCCACUAUGUGGCUCCCGAAAAUAUUUCAGGGGUUGGCCAUUUUGGGGCAGGGGGAUUAAAGCCUCCAGGCACCCGCCCUCUCAGAUUGCUGUUUCUCUAUCAUUCGCUCUGAGGUUUUGGGUUAGAAGCUAAACAAGUUCAUUAUGGCAAUUUUGCCAGGUAAAAAAAAUAAAAAUAAAUGAAAUGCAUACAAAAAAAAAUCACUUACACUUUCAGGAAAAUAAGUCUUCUUAUAGUAAACUCAACCACUGGACAAAAACCCCACUAAAUAUAAAUAGCCAUUCUUUGGGAAUCUACCCCCAUUGCAAAUACUACAACGUAAAUAUAUAAAAAAAAAAACAUAAUACAGCCUACUUUUGUCCUUCCAACCCAUAACUGUAUGAUGUCAUGUGUUUAAUCCACAGUGUGUGAGCAGGUAAUUUACAAAAUCACAGUGCUGUACCUGGUACUGCAGCACCUCUUCAAUGUGCCUGUCUGUUCUGCUGGGGUCAAGAGGGCCGGUGAUGCUCAAUGGGACCGAGCACUGGGAUCCAUGUGUGUGACCCUCAGCCAGGGCCCUGCGCCAUGACCUCUAUAUCAAAUUCAAGGAAUGCUGUGACCGGGCUCUGGAAUCCAUGUGGGUGACUCUCAACUAGGGCCUUGUACCAUGACCUCCAUAUCAAACGAGUUACUGUAUC